GAAAUGAAGUGGCUACCUAACUAGCUACUUGAAAUGAAUGUAACGUUAGCUAACCCUCAGUUAACGGUCAGUUUUGCUGACCAGCUUCCAGGAAGGAGGAACGUGACUUGGAAGUAAAUUCAUACACACCAACGAACUUAUAACUCCAAACAGAAAUGUUGCGUUCGUGUGGUCUAUCGUCUAGCAAGCUAACGUUACCUUAGCUAACGUUGCUGAUUAGAGUGCUCCUCUUCAGAUGUGCCUGGGCGCUGGCUGCUGCUCUGCUUUUGGCAUGGACUAUUAGCCAACCCAUGUAUGCAAGAUCGCCUGUCACUUUUGGAAGAGCCUCUUUUGGACCACAGAGCUGUCUGUCCUUUCCCCUCCGACUCCCAAACUGCCCCUUUGCACCAUUUCCCAAUGUGUCUGCUGUGACCUGGCUCCACCCCUCUCCUCCUCCCCUUCACUGCAGGCUUUCCUGAGUGCCGGCAGCUGCGUCCUGCCUCCAUUUCCUGUCCUUGGUCGUGCAAGGCUAAGGCCCUCUCCACUUCCCCACCCCCUCAUAACACACACACACACACACACACACACAAACUGUCUCAUACCCUCCAAGUUGCUGUCUGUGUCUGUCUGUCUCUCUCUCUCUCUCUCUCUCUCCUCUGCUUUACUGUUUCAUCACCACACAUCCCAUUCAGUUGACCUCAGCUUCUCAAGGACUCCCGAAGUGCUCCCCCCCCCCCCCCCCACAGUUUUUUUUUGUUUUUUUGUUUUGUUCCGUCGCGUGGAUCGUCUCAUCUCCCCUGCCUGAGACCUUCCGCAGAGCGCUAUGACCACCAUGUCCAGCCUGUUCUCCUUCACCAGCCCCGCCGUCAAGCGGCUCCUGGGCUGGAAGCAGGGCGACGAGGAGGAGAAGUGGGCCGAGAAGGCGGUGGACGCCCUGGUGAAGAAGCUCAAGAAGAAGAAGGGCGCCAUGGAGGACCUGGAGAAGGCGCUCAGCUGCCCCGGCCAGCCCAGCAAGUGCGUGACGAUCCCGCGCUCGCUGGACGGCCGGCUCCAAGUGUCGCAUCGCAAGGGCCUGCCCCACGUCAUCUACUGCCGCGUGUGGCGCUGGCCGGACCUGCAGUCGCACCACGAGCUCAAGCCCCUGGAGGUGUGCGAGUACCCUUUUGGCUCCAAACAGAAGGAGGUCUGCAUCAACCCGUACCACUACAAACGCGUGGAGAGCCCAGUGCUUCCCCCUGUGCUGGUACCCCGACACAGCGAGUUCAACCCGCAGCACAGUUUGCUGGUCCAGUUCCGCAACCUGAGCCACCAUGAGCCACACAUGCCACUCAACGCCACCUUCCCAGAGUCCUUCCAGCAGCAGCACAGCAGUGGCAGCUCCCUGCCCAUCUCGCCCAACUCGCCCUACCCGCCCUCGCCCACCAGCAGUGGCACCUACCCCAACUCUCCCGCCAGCUCAGGGCCCUCCAGCCCCUUCCAGCUGCCAGCUGACACACCACCCCCUGCCUACAUGCCCCCCGAUGAGCAGAUGGGACAGGAUGGCUCUCAGUCCAUGGAGACAGGGACAAACAUGGUACCCGCAAAUAUGCCCCGAGGAGUAGACGUGCAGCCGGUGGAGUAUGAGGAGCCAAUCCACUGGUGCUCCAUCGUGUACUAUGAGCUGAACAACCGCGUGGGAGAGGCUUACCACGCCUCCUCCACCAGCGUGCUUGUGGACGGCUUCACCGACCCCUCCAACAACAAGAACCGUUUCUGCCUGGGCCUGCUCUCCAACGUCAACCGCAACUCAACCAUCGAGAACACCCGCCGGCACAUUGGCAAAGGCGUGCAUCUGUAUUAUGUUGGGGGAGAGGUCUAUGCCGAGUGCCUAAGUGACACCAGCAUCUUUGUCCAGAGUCGAAACUGCAACUACCACCACGGCUUCCACCCCACCACCGUCUGCAAGAUCCCCAGCGGCUGCAGCCUCAAGAUCUUUAACAACCAGGAGUUUGCCCAGCUGCUGGCCCAGUCUGUCAACCACGGCUUCGAGGCUGUCUACGAGCUCACCAAGAUGUGCACUAUCCGGAUGAGCUUUGUGAAGGGCUGGGGUGCAGAGUACCAUCGACAGGAUGUGACCAGCACCCCCUGCUGGAUAGAAGUGCAUCUCCACGGCCCCCUCCAGUGGCUGGAUAAAGUACUGACGCAAAUGGGCUCUCCUCUGAACCCCAUCUCGUCUGUUUCCUAAUAAUGGCCUUACAUUGGCUGGGAGGAUCUUUCCGUUUUUUUUUUGUUUUGUUUUUUACUUUUUUUAAAUUCAACAUUUUUACUUUUGAGAAGAGGAGGUCUUAAAGGCUGAACUGUUUACACUACCUACAGCAUGGGCUCGCCCUUGAAGCAGUCGCAAUUAUGAGAAUGAACUAAGACUACAAGCACAUCUGGCAGAGGAGAAUUCAAAGCAGUGGCACUAAAAUGGACAUACUACUGCUCAGUUUGCCUUCUUGAAAUGUUUGUUUUUUCAUAAUGUUUUCAAAUGAUGGUUGUAUGUGUGAAUUUUAUUUUUUUCUUCUCUUCACGAUGAGUAGGUUACCAAGUAGAUGGAAAAUACUUUCAUGAAUUACUUUGAUGUAUCCCUACUACACCUUAAAACAGUCAGACAAACCUUCAGCUUUCUAAUUCUGUGAACAAUGUUUAGGUGGUAUGCUGUCUAAUUCCACAUAUUUACAAUAAGGCAUAGCUGCCAUUAUGUGUUUACCAUUAGACUCAGAAUUCACUACAGAUGUUUCCUUUGUAUAGUCCCUGAUGCAAUGAGACAAAGACUCAAAGUUACUGCUUUUAAAUAAAGUCUCUAUCCGAUCAAUUGAA